AUGACCAACCUGAACGCAACUGCCACAAUCGGCACUGGUAAACGUGAGAAACGUACUCAAACAGCGGGAACCUUCCUUUGGAAACCAAACGCCUGGACUCUCAAGCAAACCAUGACACAAAAGGUAUUGCUGAUGGCUAGCCGUACGAAUGCAAAGCUGCUGGUCGUCAAGAAAGUUCUCUACGUUGGUGGGCGUGCGCAACCACUAGAGGUCACUAUCCUCGCCCUUCUGCCUGAGUGCAAUAGGGUAGUGAAACCAAUCUACUACAGUCACGCAGAUCCCGAUCCUGAACAUGGCACUGUUAUCUUCCAACACUAUCCGAUGGGUGAUCUCAAGUACUGGAAACUCCAUCUAUUUGACAAUAAGAACCGGAAACCAGUACCAGAGAGCUUCAUCUGGCGAUUUUUCUUGCAAAUUAGUCAAGCCCUAGCCUUUAUCCAGGGUCGGAUUGGUCCGGAUCAAGAUGAACGUGGCUGCAUCAUCCAUUGUGAUAUUAAGCCCAUGAACAUUCUAGUCGUAAACAACGGGACAACUUAUCCUUCAUUCAAGCUGCACGACUUUGACUGCGCUACGGUCUAUGAGGAUGGACAGACUAAUCGACGGUCGCGCUAUGGAACCUUUAAGUGGCAACCACCUGAGAAUACUACGCAAGGCAUCAACAACACAGCCGCAGAUGUAUGGGCACUGGGUGCCUGUAUACACUUCCUUGCGACUGGAAAGUCACCAGUGACAACCGAGCACAGCAGGGCCUAUGCUGCUGCACAGUAUCGCGCCAACAACAAUCAGCAUCCGUUCUUGGCUGGACAAUACAACAACGUAGACUCCUACUACGACGCUCAUGCCCCUCGACGCAUCAUCCCAAUCAAUCUCAACAAGGAUGAUCUUGCUCAGCGAGGUCUUUGGCUGUCCAUGGAGGAGCAGCGCGCCCAAGGCAUAGGUCCGGAAUACCAUGAAUACAGCGACGAGCUAAAUGACUGGAUGAUGCAGUGUCUCAGUUUCUUUUCAAGUGAGAGACCGACGACACAGCAAUUGGAGCAGGAAAUGGGCAUUCAGGCGAUGGAAAUGCUUAGGAAGAUGGGUGGGAAGACAGCCCUCGUGGACAUGGAAGUCAAGUUUGGUAGCGGCACAUAA